AUGCAUGUGGUCGUCAGCGCCGGGGACCCACAUCGCCCUUUCACCGAACUUGGCUAUAAGAAGUGGUUUCAGUUGACGUUGAGAGAUCGAAACUUCCGGGAGCGACUUGGGCGCGAGACGGCCUGGCUAGGUGUGGUGAAGGAUGUUUCCGCGCCUAAAUUCUUGUUGAGCUUUGGAAUCUCCGAAACGAGUUAG